AUGGGAAUUUGUACAAGCACUAAAUAGAUCUAAGUUCCUGCUCAUGAUCAUGCUCCUGAAACAGAGUAUAAACCUUUCGUUUUCGACACAACUAUUGUUCCUGAAUAACAACCAUAAGUUGUGCAAAAUAAAACACACACUAUUGCUGAUCGAAUUGUGCCCUAGCAUACUGUUGCCAAUUAAACUAAAACAGAUUAUGAUUUGGCUCUUGAAGAAAUGCGCAACAAAUCAUAAGCAAUAUUUGAAGAUUCCAAAUUUCCACCUGUUCGAAGCAGCCUUUCAUCGGACCCCAAUUUUAAGAAGGGAAAAGACAUCGCAUGGAAGAGACCAGACCAGUUUUUGCAGGCUGGUUAAAUCAAGUUGUUUGAUUCAAUUGAUCCAAUGGACAUCAAGUAAGGAGAACUUGGAGAUUGCUAUUUUUUAAGUUCCUUGUCUGCUUUGGCUGAGAUCCCCCAAUAAAUCUAGAAAUUAUUCAGACAUCAAGAGUAUUAAUAAAGUGGUAAGAGCCUUUAUGGUAUUUAUAUGUGUAAGAAUGGAAUUUUACAGGAAAUAGUUGUGGACGCAUUCACUAUACCUUGUAAUCUUUAAGGAGGUCCAAUAUUUUCAAAAGCAAAUGGAAAUGAAUUGUGGGUGCUUCUGUUGGAAAAAGCUUAUGCUAAAUUAUUUGGGUCUUAUCACAAAAUUGAAUCAGGAUUAGCAAGUUGUGCCUUAAAGGAUUUAACUGGAGCCCCAAGUGAAUAUUUUAUCAGAAAAGGGGAAACCUUAAAAGAUGCUGAUUUAUGUUGGGAUUUCAUGGAGAAAAAUGACAAACAAAAAUACAUAUUGACAGCAUCUUCGGAGACUAAUGAAUAAGGUGUAGAAUUAGACAAUGGAGGUGGUAUAGUAUCUUAGCAUUGCUAUGCAAUUUUGGAUGUGCAAAGGGUUACUGGAAGUGAUGGACAACCUGAUAGAAUCAUUAAGAUUAGAAAUCCUUGGGGUAGAAAAGAAUGGACAAAAGACUGGAGUGAUAAUUCUGCAAAAUGGACACCUGAAUUAAGAUAGAGAUUAUAAGUAUAAUAAAAGGAUGAUGGAAUCUUUUGGAUGAGUGUUAAAGAUUUCAUAACUGAAUUUAGUUAGGUUUGCGUGUGCAAAUUCAAACCAGAUUAUUUCUAUACAGCCACAACACUGUAGGUAAAUGCAUAGGACACAGUUACUACAAAAGUGAUCUUGAUGAAAGUUUAUUAGAAAGCACACGCAUUUAUUUCUUUGACCUAAUCAGAUAAACGAUUUUUCUAAAAAGGUCAUUAAUAUUCAUUAGCCAGAUUGAUAGUUGGUGAAUUAGAUAAGAAUACAAAAGAAGUAUUACAUUAUUCAGGUUGUGCUUUUGAUAAUGAGAGGGAUAUUGUUGUUGAAAAGACAUUUGAACCUGGAUAUUAUGCCUUGUAUAUUGAAGUAGAUUGGGCAUAAAAUUAUGAUCGAUAUUUAGCAAUUUCUUGUUACGGAUCAAAUUCAGUCUAAUUUUCUGAAUUGCAAUUUCCAUCUGGUCAAGAAAAAUUGGCUAUAGGUACAAUCUUCGAUGGAUUCCUAAGAGCACAUGAAAGAGACACUGAUGAGGAAAAGGUUAAAGACAUUGAACCAGGAAUUAGAAGAAUUUCUGGAGUCGUUGGUGGAUAUCUUUAUUAUUGGUAUCAAAAUUAGACAACUAAAAAAACUCUUCAGGAACUUCUUCAUUUGGAUAAAAUAUAAAACUUAGAAAUUUGUCCUCCUUAUACGAAUCCUGCCGAUGUUCAAAUCUAAUGCAAGCCUCUUUCUACUGUCAUGGUCAAAUAUAGAGUUACUAAACAAGGUGGAGGUUCCUAUGGAUACGCAUUGAAAUGUUAAACCCAAGUGAUCGAAGCCAAAACUGAUUAAGAUAUCAUUCAACAAGCUCUCCAUAAGCCAGAUUAAAAAGUCUAAAGAAGCAUGUAAGGAUAAAAUAUACAAGUUUUCUUUUAUCUUGUUAAGUUCCCUGCUGGAGUUGCUUUCUUUUAUGAAAAUAAAGAAUCCAGAACAUAUUAAGAGACCAUUACAUUUGAAGUCACCAACCUGAAAGGAGUAGGCAUAGAUAUCUCCAGAGAUGUAGUCGUAGAAAUUCCUCCUGGGUAAUCAAAACUGAUAUAAUUACAAUCCGUCGAUCCAAGCAAAGGAUACUCAUACAAAUAAUCGAUUAUGUUUAAGUUAAUAUGAGAUACAAAAUAGCUUUAUGCAAAUUAUAAAUAUUAAUUAUUAA